CCCCACAGCCACCAUGGGCUGCUGCUGCAGCUCGGACUACGACGAGGACUGGAUCGAGAACAUCGACAUCUGUGAGCACUGCAAUUACCCCAUCGAGCCCGACAGCAAGUACCAGAGGCCGAUCCGCAACGGCUCCGAGGUCCGAGACCCCCUGGUGUCCUACGAGUCCUCGUCACCCCCGUGCUCCCCCAUGCAAGACAAGCUGGUGGUGGCCCUGUACAACUACGAGCCCAAGCACGAUGGGGACCUGGGGCUGCGGAAGGGGGAGAAGCUCCGUGUGCUGGAAGAGAACGGGGAGUGGUGGAAGGCGCAGUCGCUCACCACGGGCCAGGAGGGGCUGAUCCCCCACAACUUCGUGGCCUUGGUGAACAGCCUGGAGCCCGAGCCGUGGUUCUUCAGGAACAUCAGCCGCAAGGACGCCGAGCGGCAGCUCCUGGCCUCGGGCAACACCCACGGCUCCUUCCUCAUCCGCGAGAGCGAGACCUCCAAAGGCUCGUACUCGCUGUCCGUGCGGGACCUGGACGAGAGCCAGGGAGAGACGGUGAAGCACUACAAGAUCCGGAACCUGGACAGCGGCGGCUUCUACAUCUCCCCCCGCAUGCCCUUCGGCAGCCUCAGGGAGCUGGUGCAGCACUACACACGCAGCUCCGACGGGCUCUGCUGCCGCCUGGGCAAGCCCUGCCGGACGCAGAAGCCGCAGAAGCCGUGGUGGCAGGACGAGUGGGAGGUGCCGCGGGAGUCGCUGAAGCUGGUGGAGAAGCUGGGAGCGGGGCAGUUCGGAGAGGUCUGGAUGGGCUUCUACAACGGGCACACGAAGGUGGCAGUGAAGAGCCUGAAGGCUGGCAGCAUGUCCCCCAGCGCCUUCCUGGCCGAGGCCAACCUGAUGAAGCAGCUGCAGCACCCGCGGCUGGUGCGGCUCUACGCCGUGGUCACCAAGGAGCCCAUCUACAUCAUCACUGAGUUCAUGGAGAAGGGCAGCCUCGUGGACUUCCUCAAGACCUCGGAAGGAGUCAAGCUCAGCAUCAACAAACUCCUGGACAUGGCAGCACAGAUCGCUGAAGGCAUGGCUUUCAUCGAGGCCAAGAAUUACAUCCACAGGGACCUGAGGGCCGCCAACAUCCUGGUCUCGGACACUUUGUGCUGCAAAAUCGCCGAUUUUGGGCUGGCCCGGCUCAUCGAGGACAACGAGUACACGGCUCGGGAGGGGGCCAAAUUCCCGAUUAAGUGGACGGCGCCCGAGGCCAUCAACUACGGCACGUUCACCAUCAAGUCGGACGUGUGGUCCUUCGGCAUCCUGCUCACCGAGAUCGUCACCUACGGCCGGAUCCCGUAUCCAGGCAUGACCAACCCCGAGGUGAUCCAGAACCUGGAGCGUGGCUACCGCAUGCCGCAGCCCGAGCAGUGCCCGGGGGAGCUCUACGAGCUGAUGAGGCAGUGCUGGAAGGAGAGCCCCGAGGAGCGCCCCACCUUCGACUUCCUCAGGAGCGUCCUCGAGGAUUUCUUCACCGCCACCGAGGGCCAGUACCAGCAGCAGCCCUGAGCGUUCGGGGUGCUGGGGGUCCCCACACGCCCCACCUUUGGCUUCCUCAGGAGCGUCCUCGAGGAUUUUUUCACCGCCACCGAGGGCCAGUUCCAGCGGCAGCCCUGAGGGCUCGGGGCGCUGGGCGUCCCCACAGACUCCAUGGCCGCCGCUCUGUGAGGAUUUGAAGCGCUCCAGAGCUCGGGAGCAGCAGCUUUGACUCCUUCAGGAGGGGCUGGACGGCCGGAGCAGACCCCCAAACGCUGGAGGGGUGGCACAGGGUGCCCAGAGGGUGCCCAGGCUGCUGUCCCUGCCUUUCCCAGGGGGCACAUCCAGGCUCCAGCCCCUCAGGGCUCGCCUCACCCCGCUCCGCCCGUGCCCCCUUCACCCGCCCGGGGAUGGCUGCAGCCCCCUCAGCAGCGCUUGGGGGGCACCCCUUGGCUGUGGGACGACGCUCCUUCUCCCCUCAGGGCGUUUGCAGGACCCGCCCCGCAAUCAUUUUGGGGAAAUAAAGGCAUUUUCAGCGC